AUGGGAAGCGUGAGAGCCCACCGCUACAGCAUAGUUUCCUCCGAAGAAGGCGGUAUGAAGCUAUCCUCCAUCGACAUGCAAAAUGGCUACGGCAAUGGAAAAGUGGCCAGCAAAGUGCACAAGCCACAUCAAACACAAAGCCGCUUCGUCAACAAGGAUGGCCACUGCAAUGUGCAGUUCAUCAACAUGAGCGAGAAAGGUCAGCGCUACCUGGCUGACAUCUUCACAACAUGUGUUGACAUUCGCUGGCGUUGGAUGGUCAUCAUCUUCUGCCUCUCUUUCCUGUUGUCCUGGCUUCUUUUCGGAUUUAUUUUCUGGCUUGUUGCACUUUAUUCUGGGGACUUGGAGAAUCAGGAACAGAUAUGUAUUUCGAAUGUCGAUAGCUUCACGGCAGCCUUCCUGUUUUCUGUUGAAACGCAAACGACUAUUGGCUACGGUUACCGUUAUGUGACGGAGGAUUGCCCCAUUGCUGUCUUCAUGGUGGUCUUCCAAAGCAUUGUAGGAUGCAUAAUUGAUGCCUUCAUUAUUGGUGCAGUCAUGGCUAAGAUGGCCAAGCCCAAGAAACGAAACGAAACCCUUGUCUUCAGUCACUAUGCCACAAUUGCAAUGAGGGACGGUAAAAUGAGUUUGAUGUGGAGAAUCGGGAACCUACGGAAGAGCCACUUGGUGGAAGCUCACGUUCGAGCCCACCUUCUCAAAUCUCGCACCACAGCUGAAGGUGAAUUCAUUCCGCUGGAUCAAAUAGACAUUGAUGUUGGGUUUGACACGGGUAUUGACCGUAUAUUUUUAGUGUCCCCCAUUACCAUUGUCCACGAGAUUGAUGAGGAUAGUCCAUUCUAUGACAUGAGCAAACAGGAAUUGGAAACUUCAGAGUUGGAAAUAGUUGUCAUUUUAGAGGGCAUGGUGGAAGCUACAGCCAUGACCACUCAGUGCCGCAGCUCUUACGUGACGAGUGAAAUCCUGUGGGGCCAUCGGUUUGAGCCUGUUCUUUUUGAGGAGAAAAAUCACUACAAAGUGGACUACUCGCAGUUUGAGAUCACAUAUGAAGUUCCUAGCACUCCUCAAUGUAGUGCAAGGGAUUUGGCCGAAAAGAAGUACAACAUGUCUACUUCAAACUCUUUUUGCUAUGAGAAUGAAGUAGCCUUCAUGGAUAAAGAGGAAACAGAAGAUGAUGAUGAUGAAGAGGAACAUAUGAACAGUAGAAGAGAGCAUGUGGCCUUGGAGGUAUUCGAUGCUGAUGUGGUCACAAACACGGUUUCCAGUCAGGAUACUUUACCUCUACGAACUAAGACAGCAACUCGGACAACAACCUGA